ACGAGGGGUUUAUGCGGUGAUGACAACCAUCGCAAUGGCUCUGUUUCAGCAGGCUUUCUUCUCCGUUCCCGGGGCGCGUGUGGUUCACCGCCGAUCCCUGACCACUGCCGCCGCAACUGUCGCGGCCGCCUCACGUGCCCCGCACGUGGAUUCGCGCGUGCUCCUCGGGAUGUCGGAGCAGGAGCUUCUACAGCUCGCCGUCAACUUGGGUCAGGAAAGCUACAGAGGGAAGCAGCUGCAUCAUCUUAUAUACAAGAGGAAGGUGAAAGAGAUUGAAGAUUUUAGUAAUUUGCCUCUAGCAUUUCGAAAAGAACUUAUGGAAUCAGGGUUUAAGGUGGGAAGAUCACCAAUUUACCAAUCUGUCACCGCGGCUGAUGGUACCAUUAAGCUGCUUCUAAAGCUGGAAGAUAACCGGUUGAUCGAAACCGUCGGCAUUCCUGUUCAAGAUGACAAGGGUUCGAUGCGCCUUACUGCUUGUGUCUCUUCUCAGGUCGGCUGUCCAUUGCGCUGCUCGUUUUGUGCCACUGGGAAAGGAGGAUUUUCAAGAAAUCUUCAGAGGCAUGAAAUCAUCGAGCAGGUGUUGGCUAUCGAGGAGGUGUUCAAGCACAGGGUGACGAAUGUGGUUUUCAUGGGAAUGGGUGAGCCGAUGUUGAACCUAAAGGCAGUACUCGAUGCCCAUCGUAGUUUGAAUAAGGAUAUUCAAAUUGGGCAAAGAAUGAUCACAAUUUCUACAGUGGGUGUCCCAAACACAAUCAAGAACCUGGCCUCUCAUAAACUUCAGUCCACUUUAGCCGUGAGCUUGCAUGCCCCAAACCAGAACCUCCGGGAGAAAAUCGUACCGAGCGCAAAGGUUUACCCAUUGGAAGCAAUCAUGAAGGAUUGUCGGGAUUACUUCCAAGAAACAAGUAGACGAGUCUCCUUCGAAUAUGCCCUUCUAGCUGGAGUCAAUGAUUCUGUAGAGCAGGCGAAGGAACUCGCAGGGCUACUCCAUGAAUGGGGUCGAGGUCAUCAUGUAAAUUUGAUACCUUUCAAUCCGAUCGAAGGCUCGGAGUACCAACGGCCUUACAGGAAAGCAGUUCUAGCAUUUGCAGCCACACUCGAGUCCCGUAAGGUAACAGUUAGUGUGAGGCAGACUAGAGGGCUCGACGCAAGUGCGGCGUGUGGUCAGCUCAGAAACAAAUUCCAGAAGAACCCUUUACUCGUCGAGACAGAUGCCUCAGCCUUACAACCUCAAUCUGACGCUGCACCGGCAGUUGUCCUGUCUUGAUAUCUGCUUUCCGGAAAGUCUCAUGCUUCUGCCUAGGAUUUUAGUAGAGGUGAGAACCCCCCUCCCCCCCGAAAUUCUUCGGAUACCCGCCUUUGUAACGCGAUGAGAUCGGAUGUGUAUAGAAAACGCGAAAAUCGGGUUCGGGUAUCUGAUGCCUGCCCUCUCCUAGAUUUUAGCCACGGCAAGAGUAAAGUUCUUGGAGAACAUUUUUCAAAGUUACGACCACAAGGCACCAAACCACUUGGUAACUUUAGCCACGGCAAGAAUAUAUAUAUAUAUAUUAUUUUUCUA